AUGACGCAGAUUACUGAGGAAGUGAUCAAGAAAGAGGAGGGCGUGAACCCUCCUGAGAACGAGACGCAGAAGACCGAGAAGCCUGAAGAAAAGAAAGAAUACGCUCCCGUCGGCACGAUCUGCGACGUCCAAAACCUCUACCAGACCAAGCCCGACGAAAACGAGUGCACAUCAUGGUCCAAAGAAAUGCCCGACGAUCUGCCCGUAGCGGUCGAAGACGCAGAAUCAGCCCAAUUCGCACUAGUCCUCCGAAAGACCAAAUGCUACGACGGACUGAAGAGUCUCUCGAUCCACUCAGUUGUGGUGCAGAGCCAGCCCCUGAAGAAGUUCCUCGGCAAGGUAUUGGCCGGAUACCCCGGAGUGACGAUGACGCUGGACCGGGUGGAAUUCGUCAAGCCUUUCGCGCCACUUAUCCACCGAUGGGAGGACUUCCGCAAGGGGUGCCAGGAAGAGGAAGACGAGACGACGAAGAAACACGCGGAUCUGUUCUACGGGAUCCUCGAGGAGGAGCUGCGGGAUGUGAUCGCGCGAAAGCAGGACCACGUCAAGCAUGGAGUCAUCACGUAUAACCUCCUCUGGACGAUCUUUGAGCCUGAGGAUGUGGUCAUCAGCUCGGUUGGCGGCCACAUGAGCGGAGGUCGAUUUGUCAGUGGCGCGACAGAUUGCGAGUCGGGGAUUUACAACGCGUCGGUGAAAUACAUCGAGUUUGACGGCGAGAACUUCGGAUGGAAGGACAGUCACAACGAUAUCCCUUACUUUACAGGGACGACCCCCAUCACGUCUUUGGCCACGUUCCCCCUGCGAUACCACCCUGAUAAGGCGACAAUCCGGGAGUCGUUGGUGGCCCGCGGAAAGAGAUGGGAGCAGCAUAAGGGGUACCACUACAAGAACUACGAGGGAGCCGCAGUCUCCGUCGGCAGAGAUGACGAGGAGACCAAGUACCACGUCAAGAGUCGCAUCAUCAUCGACGUCGAAGGAUUCAACGUUUUCCACCCCACCGAGACCGUGACUAUCGAUGGCACGAUCCACGGCGACCUCACCGACGACCAGCUACUAGUCACAACACCCAUGGUACACGGAUACUCCCUCAAGGACAAGGAGUGGCUCCGCUUCUACCUCGACUCGACCUCCGACAUCAAAUGGGACUCGAACGCCUUUGAAUCCCUAGUCCUCCCCUCGGAGCAAGCAAACCUGAAAAACCUGAUCCUCGCCUUCGCCAAAGCCCAGUCCAAACAGCUCGACAACUUCGACGACGUGGUGCAAGGCAAAGGUCGCGGAAUCGUCAUGCAGCUCAGCGGUCCCCCAGGAGUCGGCAAGACGCUGACAGCCGAGAGCGUGGCGGAAGUGAUGCAAGUACCUUUGUACGUGAUGAGCGCCGGCGAGCUCGGGUCCAGCGCGGACACAGUCGAGCGACGACUCAAGAAAAUACUCCGCAUGAUUCCCAAAUGGGGCGCCGUGCUCCUUCUCGACGAGGCAGACGUGUUCAUGGAAGAGCGCAACUCCACUGAUCUGGAGCGGAACGAGCUAGUGUCGAUUUUCCUGCGCAUGCUCGAGUACUACGAGGGAAUCCUCUUCCUGACCACGAACCGCGCCGAACGCAUCGACGCUGCCUUCGAGUCCCGGAUUCACGUCUCGCUUGUAUACAAGGAACUCGACCAGGCGUCGAGACGGCACAUCUGGACGCAGUUCCUGGGCCGUAACACGGUGGAGUUCACGGACGAGCAGCUCGACAGCAUGGCAGAGAUUGAGCUUAACGGUCGACAGAUCAAGAAUGCACUGAAGACGGCGAACCUUCUGGCUUGGGUGCAGGGUUCGGAGGUCAAGUAUGACCAUGUGAAAACGGUGCUGGACCUUCGGACAAUCUCCAAGCCUAAGUUGGAUGGUUGA